AUGGAUGUUGUGGCCAUAUCAUUUGCACUGACUGAGGCAGAGAUAUACGCUGAAAAGACGGAUGCACUAGCUCUAGCUCUGGUGAUUGACGAUGUGGGGCCCUCCGGUGCAGCAGGUACCGAUGAUGCGACGGCGGCUGGUGCACUCAGCGAUGACGAGAUUUGGGCCAAUCUGGGGAAUUUAGAUGCGGUUGACGCGGUUGUUACAGCCGCUCAGCAGGAAAAAGUUAGCGAUGAGGAACUCCCUCGGAGGUUGUGUCUGGAGUGGAUGGAAAGUAUUAGUGGUUUAUCUGGAAGUCAACCUGAGGUGGAAGCCACAACCGUAGAGACAAAUACAUCUCAGUCUCAGCAGCCUUUGCCUCCACCUGUUCCCAAGAAAAGGAAAGUGGUUGAGACCAGAUCUCUUGUAUGGGAUCACUUUGAAAAAAUCAAAGACUCUGAAGGCAUUGUUGUCAAGGGAAAAUGUUUAUACUGUGCUAAGAUAUAUUGUUGUGAGUCCAAGAUGCAUGGCACUUCUUCUCUCAGGAUUCAUGUGGUAAACUGCCUUAAGAAUCCUCAGUCUAAGGAUACAAGGCAGUCAUUGCUUACUUUCCAACAUGAACCUUCUUCUGCUGGAACUGAAAGUAGUGAAGGAUCAGAAGGUGUGUUAGGUACUUGGGUAUUUGACCAAGACUUGAUAAGGAGGGCCUUAGCUGAGAUGAUUAUUCUGGAUGAAUUGCCUUUUAGGAUAGUUGAGGGACAGGGGUUUAGAAAGUUUGUGUUUGUUUGCUGUCCUAGGUUUAAAAUCCCUUCAAGAUGGACUAUCAGUAGGGACAUUUUUAAGAUUUUUUCUGAUGAGAGACUCAACUUGAAGAAGUUCUUUAGGACUAGUAGUCAGAGGGUUAGUAUCACAACUGAUACAUGGACCUCAGUCCAGAGAAUAAACUACAUGUGCAUAACUGCACAUUUCAUUGACAGUGAGUGGAAGCUCCAAAAGAAAAUCAUUUCAUUUGUUCCUAUCUAUUCCCACAAGGGUGAAAGUAUUGCAAAGGCUUUAGAAAGUUGUCUUAUUGACUGGGGUCUAAAAUCAGUUUUCAGUGUCACAGUUGAUAAUGCUUCUAGCAAUGAUACUGCCCUAGGAUUCUUAAAGAAAAAGUUUGUGUCAUGGGGUUGUACUGCUGUUAGGAGUAAGUACUUGCACAUGAGGUGCAUUGCUCACAUCCUUAACUUGGUGGUACAGGAUGGGUUGAAAGAAUCUGAUAGUGCUGUUAAAAAAGUGAGGGAUGCUGUUAGGUAUGUGAGAGCUCACCUGCUAGGCUUCAAAGGUUUAGGAAGCUAG